UCCGUGAACUGAGCAGAGUGGUACCUCCCGCCAAACCCGAACCAACGAAAGGGUUUAAGUUCACUCUUCUCUUCCCUUCUCACUCCCAAAACCCUAACCCCUUCUCCCUUAUCUAUUUUCCAAUCUCCAUUUCUCUUCUUUUUCUCCAAUCCCAAAACCCUAGACCCUUCGACACUGAGAAUGAGCUACGCGGCCUACAAGAUGAUGCACUGGCCCACCGGAAUCGAUAACUGCGCCUCCGGCUUCGUCACCCACUGCCGUGCGGAUUUCACGCCUCAAAUUCCGCUCAACCAGACUGAAGAUCUUGAAUCUGAAUGGCCCGCAAGGCGCGGCAUUGGUCCCGUUCCGAACCUCAUCGUCACCGCUGCUAACCUUCUCGAAAUCUAUGUGGUCAGGGUUCAAGAAGAGGGCAGAAGGGAAGCCAGAAACUCCACUGAAGUCAAGCGCGGCGGGGUUUUGGAUGGGGUAUCCAGGGUUUCUCUCGAGCUCGUUUGCAAUUAUAGGUUACAUGGUAAUGUUGAAUCUAUGGCGGUACUAUCUAUAGGAGGUGGUGAUGGCUCUAGGAGGAGAGAUUCAAUUAUCUUAGCCUUUCAAGAUGCCAAAAUUUCGGUCCUGGAGUUUGAUGAUUCCAUCCAUGGUCUUCGAACAACCUCAAUGCAUUGCUUUGAGGGCCCGGAGUGGCUUCAUUUGAAAAGAGGAAGAGAAUCAUUUGCUAGAGGGCCACUGGUAAAGGUUGAUCCUCAAGGCAGGUGUGGCGGCGUUCUUGUUUAUGAUUUGCAAAUGAUAAUACUUAAAGCUUCUCAGGCUGGUUCUGGAUUUGUGGGAGAGGAUGAUGCUUUUGGAUCUGGAGGUGCAGUUUCUGCUCGUGUUGAGUCAUCUUACAUUAUCAAUUUACGAGAUUUGGACGUGAAGCACAUUAAAGAUUUUAUAUUUGUGCAUGGGUAUAUUGAGCCGGUGAUGGUUAUCCUUCAUGAGCGGGAGCUUACUUGGGCUGGGCGAGUCUCUUGGAAGCACCAUACUUGCAUGAUUUCUGCACUUAGUAUUAGCACAACCUUGAAGCAGCAUCCUCUCAUAUGGUCAGCAGUUAAUCUUCCUCAUGAUGCUUACAAGCUGCUUGCAGUUCCGUCGCCAAUUGGAGGUGUUCUUGUGAUUAGUGCAAAUACUAUUCAUUAUCAUAGUCAGUCGGCUUCAUGCGCACUUGCUUUGAACAAUUAUGCUAUUUCUGUUGAUAACAGUCAAGACCUUCCAAGAUCAAAUUUCAGUGUAGAACUUGAUGCUGCUAAUGCAACUUGGUUACUAAAUGAUGUAGCCUUGCUAUCAACAAAGACUGGAGAACUGUUAUUGCUGACCCUUAUUUAUGAUGGGCGGGUUGUGCAGAGACUUGAUCUUUCCAAGUCCAAGGCUUCAGUACUUACUUCGGACAUUACAACUAUUGGAAAUUCAUUGUUCUUUUUGGGUAGUCGAUUGGGAGAUAGUUUGCUUGUGCAAUUCAGUGGUGGAUCAGGAGCGUCAGCCUUGCCAUCUGGUUUGAAGGAAGAGGUUGGAGAUAUUGAAGGUGAUGUCCCUCUGGCAAAGCGAUUGCGAAGGUCAUCUUCUGAUGCUUUGCAAGAUAUGGUUGGCGGUGAAGAGCUUUCUUUGUAUGGUUCGGCCCCAAAUAACACUGAGUCAGCACAGAAGACUUUCUUGUUUGCAGUGAGAGACUCAUUAACUAAUGUUGGCCCUUUGAAGGACUUCUCAUAUGGCUUGAGGAUUAAUGCUGAUGUGAAUGCAACUGGAAUUGCCAAACAAAGUAAUUAUGAGCUGGUGUGCUGUUCUGGCCAUGGAAAGAAUGGUGCCCUCUGUGUUCUACGACAGUCAAUUCGUCCUGAAAUGAUUACCGAGGUUGAACUAACUGGUUGUAAAGGAAUUUGGACUGUCUACCACAAGAGCACACGCAGUCACAGUGCUGAUUUGUCUAAAGUGACUGAUGAUGAUGAUGAAUAUCAUGCAUAUUUGAUUAUAAGUCUGGAGGCGCGCACCAUGGUGCUUGAAACAGCUGAUCUUUUGACAGAAGUGACUGAAAGUGUAGACUAUUAUGUUCAAGGAAGAACAAUUGCUGCAGGAAAUUUGUUUGGAAGGCGUCGAGUUGUCCAGGUCUAUGAACGUGGUGCUCGAAUUCUGGAUGGUUCUUUUAUGACUCAAGAACUGAGUAUUCCAUCACCAAACUCUGAAUCUAGCCCUGGUUCUGAGAAUUCUACAGUAAUAUCUGUUUCUAUUGCUGAUCCUUAUGUGUUGCUAAGAAUGACUGAUGGAAGCAUUCUUCUCCUUGUUGGAGAUCCUGCUACUUGCACUGUUUCUAUAAACACUCCAACUGCAUUUGAAGGCUCAAAGAAAAUGGUAUCUGCCUGUACAUUGUAUCAUGAUAAAGGUCCAGAGCCAUGGCUCCGCAAAGCAAGUACUGAUGCGUGGCUUUCCACUGGCGUCGGGGAGUCCAUUGACGGUGCUGAUGGUGGGCCACAUGAUCAAGGGGAUAUAUAUUGUGUCGUUUGUUAUGAGAGUGGUGCUCUUGAAAUAUUUGAUGUGCCAAAUUUCAAUUGUGUUUUCUCUAUGGAAAAUUUUUCAUCUGGAAGAACCCGCCUUGUUGAUGCCUAUACACUGGAAUCUUCUAAGGAUUCUGAGAAAGUGAUUAAUAAAAGUUCUGAAGAAUUGACUGGCCAAGGCAGGAAAGAAAAUGUUCAAAACCUGAAGGUUGUUGAGUUGGCCAUGCAGAGAUGGUCUGCAAAUCACAGUCGUCCAUUUCUUUUUGGAAUAUUAACGGAUGGAACAAUUCUUUGUUAUCAUGCUUACCUAUUUGAAGGUUCAGAAAAUGCUUCUAAAGUUGAGGAUUCAGUUGUUGCACAAAAUUCUGUUGGCUUAAGCAAUAUUAAUGCUUCUAGGCUUAGGAAUUUGAGAUUUAUUCGCAUCCCGUUGGAUGCUUACACGAGGGAGGAGAUGUCAAAUGGAACCUUAUCCCAAAGGAUUACAAUUUUUAAGAAUAUUAGUGGUUAUCAAGGGUUCUUCCUCUCUGGUUCAAGACCAGCUUGGUUUAUGGUAUUCAGAGAACGGCUUCGAGUUCAUCCACAGCUAUGUGAUGGAUCUAUUGUUGCUUUCACUGUUCUUCAUAAUGUCAACUGUAAUCAUGGGUUCAUAUAUGUUACAUCGCAGGGUAUUCUAAAGAUUUGCCAAAUCCCAUCUGCAUCAAACUAUGACAACUAUUGGCCAGUGCAAAAAAUUCCACUAAGGGGCACUCCACAUCAAGUGACUUACUUUGCUGAGAGGAAUCUUUACCCAAUUAUAGUUUCAGUUCCUGUUCAUAAGCCAGUUAAUCAAGUGCUAUCUUCAUUGGUUGAUCAAGAAGUUGGCCAUCAGAUGGACAAUCAUAAUUUGAGUUCUGAUGAGUUGCAACGAACUUAUACAGUGGAUGAGUUCGAGGUUCGGAUUUUGGAACCUGAAAAAUCUGGUGGUCCUUGGGAAACUAAGGCAACUAUACCAAUGCAGAGUUCUGAAAAUGCUCUAACUGUGAGAGUGGUCACUCUGUUUAAUACCACCACAAAAGAGAAUGAAUCCCUUUUGGCUAUUGGGACAGCUUACAUUCAAGGAGAGGAUGUUGCUGCUAGAGGACGUGUGAUUUUGUGUUCAAUUGGAAGGAACACUGAUAAUCCUCAGAAUUUGGUGUCAGAGGUUUAUUCAAAGGAACUAAAAGGUGCUAUAUCUGCUUUAGCCUCCCUUCAAGGUCAUCUAUUGAUAGCUUCUGGUCCGAAAAUUAUUCUACAUAAUUGGACUGGUAGUGAGCUGAAUGGCAUUGCAUUUUAUGAUGCUCCACCAUUAUAUGUUGUGAGCUUAAAUAUAGUCAAGAAUUUUAUCCUUCUUGGUGACGUUCACAAGAGCAUAUACUUUCUCAGUUGGAAGGAACAGGGUGCUCAACUUAGCUUAUUGGCCAAGGAUUUUGGCUCCCUUGAUUGUUUUGCAACAGAAUUUUUGAUUGACGGAAGUACAUUAAGUCUCAUGGUUUCAGAUGAACAAAAGAAUAUUCAGAUAUUUUAUUAUGCACCGAAGAUGUCUGAAAGUUGGAAGGGACAGAAGCUUCUUUCAAGGGCUGAAUUCCAUGUUGGUGCCCAUGUUACUAAGUUCUUGCGGCUCCAGAUGCUUUCUACUUCAUCUGAUCGAACCAGUGCCACUGCAGGCUCUGAUAAAACCAAUCGAUUUGCUUUGUUAUUUGGUACUCUGGAUGGCAGCAUUGGCUGUAUAGCUCCUCUGGAUGAACUCACAUUUCGUAGAUUGCAGUCACUACAGAAAAAGCUUGUUGAUGCAGUUCCACAUGUCGCUGGCUUAAACCCAAGGUCUUUUCGGCAGUUCCAUUCAAACGGAAAGGCUCAUAGGCCCGGUCCUGACAGCAUAGUUGACUGUGAGCUGCUUUGCCAUUACGAAAUGCUUCCAUUGGAGGAACAGCUCGAUAUUGCUCACCAGAUUGGAACGACGCGUUCCCAAAUUCUCUCUAAUUUAAAUGAUCUUACUCUGGGUACAAGUUUCUUGUGAAUGCAGCAGAUAUUAAGGCAAAUAUUAAAACAACAUUGACUGAACCUAAAUCAGAUGGGCUAUACCUGUUGCAGAAUGACACCAUUCAAAAGCUUCUGUAGAUCAGGGUUGAUAUCUUUAUUUAAUGAAACAUGACUUGUUUGAUCCUGAGAAAGAGAAAAAAUGUUGUUUAGCCACUGUACCUAUCAAAUUUGUUGGAUUAGAAUCUUGUAUCUUAGAGCUAGAGUUCACUCAAAUGUAACAGGACUGAUGACAGAUAUUGUGAAGAGUUGAGUACUGUCUCCAAUUCUGUACAGCCUCCGAGAAACUAGAAGGUUUAAAUUGUUUAGGCUAUACACUCGUACAUUCAGAAAUAUGUUUCAUGAAAAGUGCACCAUGACUAAAAUCUUUAUGGAGAUUUUAAUUAGAUGCACUAAAUCCUGAACCGUUGGGCAGAGGAUAAAAAUUCAACCUUUAUGUCAUUAUUUCAACAAUGCUUAUUUUAUUUUGACGA